UUCCUAUUGAAAGGAAGAUAUUACACUAGCAAGACAAUCCAGCCGCGAUGUCCAAGAUGGUGUAGUUUUGCAACACUUCCCAGAGAGAUCCACUGAGUUACUCAAUCCGUCGGUCAAAUUCAAUGAAUACAUACUUUCUAUGGUUCCAGAGAGCGAUGUUGUAAUCACACACGAUAGCGUCUGGAUGUUACCAUUGCUAGUAGCAGAUAUAUUCAGAUCCGGAUUACUAUCUGCUCCAAAGUUAUUAACAGCUGUCAAGAAAACACGAUCUUAUGUUCGAUCCACGCGGGGAGGAAUAAAAAUGACCCUAGAUUCUAAAGAUCUUGUGCAAAGGUCUAUGCCUAAUCUCAACAAAAUCAAAGCGAGCGCCUUAUUUCCACUCAUCGAAUACACCUGGAUUUUUCCUUGUCUGUUCAUGUCUGUCACUCCUUCUGUGGACGUCGAAGUCCCCAAUUAUAUUGAUCGGUUCGCAAUGUUCGACGCCUCAGAACUAGUCCUUGAAUUUGCAAAAGGCGCCUCCUACAUCUUCCGCGAAAUACCUUUCAACGAGGAACCCCUGCGGGAACAAGUAGCUCGACAUGCUCAGGCGCCCCGGAGGCCUCAAACCAUCCAUCAGGAUAAUCUUGUGAUGAGAUAUGAUGGAAUUGAUUGGUUCGGGUGCAUUAUAGAAGCUAGCCCAGUUCUUCACUCACCGACAUCAUCUACCACUGCGUAUGAAAUCCUAGAGAGUAUUGUGGUAAAAACAAAUCAAGCCUACCUGUUCGGGAAAACAUAAUUUUUAAUAGCGUCUCGCUUGAAGCACGAGCGAUGGUCGGCUUCGCGACGAAGAAGCCUGAUCAGCGACUGAGGGCAAUCCAGGCUGGCAUUCAGGUCCUCGCAUAUGGCCAAUCCCGAUACGUCCCGGAUUUCGGACUAGACAUCAAGACAGGUUCUCUGCCCAU